UUUAAGCGUGGAUGAGUUAAACCUUGAACUAGAACUGAUUGAUACCUGGAGAAUAAUGAGUUUAGCUCCAACCCUACCUGAACUUACCAGGGUCGGAGUACGUCGAGCUAAACCUCUCCAUCUUCACAAUAUAUCUCUGGACCUGGUGGGGAGAUGGUUUAGGAAAACCAGAUUUAUCAAAUCUCAAGGUGAAGGUCGGAACGUUCAAAGAACUAGAAUAAUUAAAUCCUCUGGUUUCUGGACCAGGUCCCGGGUCCAAGACCUGAGAAGGGCUGAGGUCCGAGCAAUUCGAAAAUGGUCCCGGUUCUCCCGGACCAACCGGAUGAGGAACCCGCUUCGUAUCCUGAUACACGCUGAGUUUAAGAAGUUUGGUUGUAUCCCGCUGGAUGCUACCCAGGUACUAGCAAGGAUUGUACACGAGAGAGACCUGGAGAGAAGAAGGAGAAGUUCUGCUGAAAAUAUUAUUGUUUCAACCUUACACAAGGAAUAUCUAG